UUCUCUCCGACCUCCAUUGAAAAAGUGGAGAGCCGACAGAGACUGUGAUUGAAGAUCACCAAAUCCAUACGAAAAUGGAAGACGCCAAAGCGGCCAUGGCUCACCAGCAACAGCAACAGCAACAACAACAGCAUCUGAUGCUUCAACAUCAACAGCAACAUCAGCAUCAACAGCAACAAUUCCUUCUCUUACAGCAAAUCCAGCAGCAGCACAAACAGCAGCAAGCAAUCUCUCGAUUUCCAUCCAAUAUCGAUGCACAUCUUCGACCACUACAGCGUCCCAUCAACAAUCAACACCAACAGCAACAGCAGCAGAACAACCCUAACCCUAAUCUUUUACAAAACCCUAACCCUAUGUCUUUGAAUUCACAGCUCAGGCCUCCUAAUCGGAUUCAAACUCAAGCUCAAACUCUAACUCAAACUCAUCCUUCUCCUUCUCCUCCUGCAAACCAGGCUGAAUUGCAGAUGGCGUAUCAGGAUGCUUGGCGUGUCUGCCAUCCCGACUUUAAGCGCCCUUUUUCUUCACUGGAAGACGCCUGUGAGAGGCUGUUACCUUACCAUGUAGUAGCAGAUUAUGAAGCCGAGGAGGACGAUAGAAUCCUCGAUUCGGACACCACCGGCCAAGUACUGUCUCGUUGUCAACAAUGGGACCACAGCAUUGCCAACAAAGUUGCGGAAUUCACCGCAACCUUCGAGAAACAAGUACUCGCCUUCAAUAUCAUUUCCCGCAAACGAUCCAUCGGAGAGUUCCGAUCCGAAGAACGGUUGUUAAUCGAACAAGCUCUCCUUCAAGAAGAGAGACGAGCAUUGUUCGAAGCCAGGGCCGAAAUCGAAACCCGACAGAAAGCAGGCCGAGAGGCUCACGCCGCCAAUCUACGGAUGGCGGCCAUGGCACAAGCUGAACAGGCCCGAGCCGAAAUGAUGGCUCGGGCACCGAUACGAGCCAGUGCGUUGGGGUCAAUGGGUGAACAGCAGGAGCAGGAAGUGAACCCAGAUGAGAUGAUGAAUGGAUGGGGUAAUAAUACUACUCAAAAAGAUGAGAAAGAGCCAUCAGAGGAUUUUCUGAAUGAUGAAGAAAGAGAGAAUGGAGAUACAGGUGUGCAAAGCGAUUGGCGUGAAGGGGGCGAGUUUGAUUUGAAUACAAGAUAAAAGUAUGCAAUUUCCAGGGCUCGAUGGGAUUAGUCGAGAUGCCCCCAAACUGGUUCGAACAGUUGUGGUGCUUGCAAGCUGACUCAGAGUCGGUAACGGUAAUUUGUAAUGUGAUAUGACCACAUAAUUCUAUUUUGUAUGUUAAAAGUUCAAAAUAUGUUUUAGUAGCUUAAUU